AUGUCAACGAAGAAAAACAAAGGAAAAUCAAAAAAAUCAAGCGAAGGAGAUAAUACAAGUGUAAUAAAAGAUGGCUCUCUGAAUGCAGAUGACUUGGAUGGUUCUGGUUUGGGAGGAAGCAGCAAGGGCACAGUAACAGUAAUCGACUUCAUAGAGAAAGUGGAUGAGAAGGUGCCUAAAAGAUGCAGGUCUGUAUUGGUCCAGCUGAGCUUAAACACUCUGAAGAAUGUUAAUGCUUGCAUCGGCCAUCCUGUCCUUCUCUCCAGCUCUACAGGCCGACAUGAGGUGUGUGUGGCCUGGCCGGCUGCCUCAUUCCCUGGCCGCAGGGUGGGCCUACUGCAGAGCACUCAAAGAAGUCUGGGGGUAAAACCAGGAGAUGGAGUUAGGCUACAGCCUGUUACGGGGCCUGUACUACAGGCAGAGGAGGUCCAGCUAGCCCUAAGGCAAGAGGAUGAUGCUCUUAAUACAGAAGAAUUCACCAAUUUCCUCCUGAGAUCUCUGGAUGGAAGGAUCGUAUUGCCUGGGAAUAUUCUCUCGCUGACAUAUUUUGGGCGUAGCUGCAGUUUGAGCGUGGAGCGUAUCAGAGGUGUGGACGGAAUCACGUUAGAGAAAGACAUCCACCUCACUGAAACCUCCACCUCCCUCUCAGCCCAGAACUCCUUACAUGAAUAUACCUCUCCAGAUCUCUCUGUACAGCUCAGCAAACUCCAGCUGGAGGAGGAGGAGAACUGUGGUCCAGCAGCCAGUACCCCAAAUCGGCCCCAGGCCCCCUCACCCACUGUGCCGUACAGCCCAGCCACGCCUUCCCAAAUGCCUAUAAGCCCAGAACAACAAGUUCAUAGAUCCGGGGACAAAAGACAAGCCUUCUUAGAACAGCCUCACGGUGAUUCCUCACUAUCAGCUCCCCCUGGUGGUCGCUCAGGAACUGAUACAUUUUACCACGUCUGCUCCUCCACAACCAAGCUCUGCUUGUCUGAGAAACCAGGGCAAAGGAAAGAACUGGAAGUUGAAGAGGAACUGAAGGUCACAUACAGCAUGAUUGGAGGACUGGGCAGUCAGCUUGAGGUUAUCAGAGAAACAAUUGAGCUUCCAUUGAAACACCCUGAACUGUUUAAGAAUUAUGGAAUCCCGCCUCCCAGAGGAGUGUUGCUGUAUGGCCCACCGGGCACGGGGAAGACAAUGAUUGGUCGAGCUGUAGCCAAUGAAGUUGGGGCUCACAUGACUGUUAUCAAUGGUCCUGAAAUAAUGAGCAAGUACUAUGGUGAAAGUGAAGCCAGGCUGAGACAAAUAUUUGCAGAGGCGUCACAGAGGCAGCCUGCAAUCAUUUUUAUCGAUGAGCUGGAUGCACUGUGUCCUAAGAGAGAGGGAGCACAGAAUGAGGUGGAGAAACGGAUCGUCGCCUCUCUACUCACUCUCAUGGAUGGGAUUGGCUCAGAAGGCCACAGUGGACAACUGCUGGUUCUGGGGGCAACUAACAGGCCCCAUGCUCUGGACCCUGCACUGCGUAGACCCGGCCGCUUUGAUAAGGAGCUGGAGGUUGGGGUUCCUGGCGUGGCAGAGAGGGUGGAUAUUCUUCAGAAGAUACUGAAGUCCAUGCCUUGCAACCUGAGCACAGAGGAAGUGCAGGAACUUGCUGAGGUUGCCCACGGAUAUGUGGGGGCUGACCUUGCCGCUGUCUGCAAGGAGGCAGGGCUACGUGCACUCAGAAGAGUUCUGGAAAGUGGAUGCCCACCCUCUGACCUCCUGGUGAUGGAGAGAGUGAAGGUCACAUUGACUGACCUUCAGCAGGCCAUGUCAGAGGUCAAACCCAGUGCCAUGAGGGAGGUGGCCAUCGAUGUGCCAAAGGUGCGCUGGUGUGACAUAGGUGGAAUGGAGGAUGUCAAACUGAAACUGAAGCAGGCGGUAGAGUGGCCCCUCAAACACCCAGAGUCUUUCUCCAGGAUGGGCAUCCAGCCACCUAAAGGGGUCCUGCUGUACGGUCCCCCUGGCUGCUCCAAAACUAUGAUUGCCAAAGCACUGGCCAAUGAGAGUCGACUCAACUUCCUGGCUAUUAAGGGCCCAGAGUUACUGAGUAAAUACGUUGGCGAAUCAGAGAGAGCCGUCCGGGAAGUUUUUAGGAAGGCAAGGGCUGUGGCACCCUCCAUAGUGUUCUUUGAUGAAAUUGAUGCACUUGCUGUUGAAAGGGGAAGUUCGUCUGGGUCCAGCGGUGUAGCAGAUAGAGUGUUAGCUCAACUGCUGACCGAGAUGGACGGAGUUGAACAGCUCCGAGAUGUCACGGUGCUGGCUGCCACCAACCGACCGGACAUGAUCGAUAAGGCUUUGAUGAGACCUGGUAGGUUGGAUCGGAUCGUGUACGUGCCGUUACCGGAUGCCGCUACACGACGUGAGAUCUUUACUCUGCAGUUCCGUCAGAUGCCCAUAGCGCAAGAUGUGCACCUGGAUGACCUUGUGACACUUACCGAACGCUACUCAGGGGCAGAGAUAACAGCAGUAUGCAGAGAGGCUGCUCUCCUUGCUCUCCAGGAGGACAUCAAAGCGGAGAACAUCACAUCCAGACACUUUAAGAGCGCUUUGAGUGUGGUCAAGCCCCGAGUUCCAGACUCCCUUCUCCAGUCGUAUAUCAACUACCAGCAGCGGCACUGCAGCCUCAGUGUAUUCUGAUGGACCAGUGGAGAAACUCCAGACCUCCUGUUGGGCUUUAAUGCACACAGGACCGCGUGCAAAACAUCCUG